AUGGCAGGCUCUAGUAACAAAUAUACAGUUACAGAGGCGUUAUUAAUUGUAACAGAUGAAAGUUGGACUCCAUGUAUCCCCAUUGACUCUGAAUCGGACGAUGAGGACCUGCUUAGACCGGACGAACCAGACCCCAACGAGGAGAACGAAGGUUGUCGUGUCCAGGGCCCUACUCAAGCAUCAGAAGAGUAUGUAAUCCCAUUGUUAUUUAUUACUUCUAAUACUACUAUUACUAAUUUAUUGUAUGAGUACAAAACAUACAUUCUAAAAUAUCUAUUUGAGUAACUGAAGCUCAACGUAAGCCCACACGCAAGUUUACUUACAAUAGAAUGCUAUGUGUAUUAUUUCUUGUCACUGAAAUAUCACUUUAGUCAACAUUCUCAUAGUUCUAUUUAUUUUAUAUAUCUGACUGUUUUGAGUCAGAUUUGUCAAUGAAUAAAUACAAGUGUGUUUUAGUCAUGAUUUUCUUUUCUCUAUUGUCUUGUUUGCACAGUGAGGAUUAUAGGGGUGAUGAGCCAGAGCAUCUGCCUCCUCAGCCACAGCUUCCCCUUCCUCAGGCAGAGCCUGCUCUUCCUCAGCCUGGCCGCUUGUCUAGACGAUGCACUUCUGCUCCCCUCCCUCGGCAACGGUCUUCAUCUGACAUUGAGUCCCCUGUAAAGAGCCCUCAACCCAAAAGAAAAGGGAAAGCUUUCUCAAAGUCAGUGCAUCCAAGUAAGUGUGGUAGAGGUAGGCCUGCCACUCCAAGAGUCGGGGAGGAAGAAGAGGAAGAAGAAGAUAGGUGGCAUAAUAGAGAAGAGAAUGAUGAACAACCAGACCCAAUCCGGUUUAUGCCCACCAGAGUCCCAGGCCCCACAAUCGACACCACUGCGUCAUGGUCUCCCCUUUCACUCUUUCAACUGUUUUUUAGCACUUCGGUUGUCCGCACAAUAAUUUGCAACACUAAUGCAAAUGCUGCCAAAAGACUGCAGUCCGGACUGAAAUUCGCUUGGAUACCACUAACGAUGAGAGAUUUGUACAUUUUACUGGCAAUUCUGCUAUACUCAGGGCUUGUCUCUGUACACGAAAGGGGCACCUACUGGAGGAAGGAAUGGCCAUAUAAUUUCUGCUUCCCUGGAGACACUAUGACACGAGACCGUUUUGAAGCAAUCAUGUGGUCACUGCAUUUAAGCAAACCAGAAGACGAUGAAGCCAACAACACUAAAAAAGGCACUGCAGAGUAUGAUAGACUUUUCAAGAUCAAGCCCCUGUACACUGAGCUUACCAAUGUCUGCAAAUCACAUUUCCAGCCAUACCAAAACAUCUCCAUAGACGAAAGGAUGGUGGCAUCCAAGGCGAGAAUAAGUAUGCAGCAAUAUAUGAAAGCAAAGCCCACUAAGUGGGGUAUAAAUUAUUUGUACUGGCUAACUCUCAUACUGCUUAUACGUGGAUUGUUUUUGUUUAUGAAGGCAAUAGUGUGUUCACACCAGGCCAGGGACUAAGCUACACUUCAGUUAUGGACUUGAUACCAUUCCCUCUACUUGGUGGGGGCUAUACACUUUUUGUAGACUAUUUCUAUUCUAGCCCUGCCCUUUUUAAGGAACUACGUAGAAGAAACACUGGUGCCUGUGGGACAAUUAGAACGAACAGGAUUGGUUUCCCACAAACCAAAAGGAACAACCUGGCAAAAAAAGCAGAAAGCGGAGAUUUGAGGUGGAUACGCAAAGGAAAUGUAUUAUUUGUAAAAUGUAUGGACACACGUGCGGUAACCAUGUGCUCUACUGUACAUUAAGCAUUUAGUGGACAAACUGUCAAAAGGAAGGUAAAAUAGGGUGGUGUAUGGCAGACUAAAACUGUGCCCGUCCCAGAUGCGGUAGCCGACUACAACCGGAGCAUGGGUGGAGUGGAUUUAUCCGACGCAUUGGUUGGAUACUACAGUGUUCACCACAAGACGAUGAAAUGGUAUAAGACUUUUCUUUUUCAUUUUGUUGAUAUUGCUGUUGUAAAUAGUUUCCUACUUCACAAAUAACUCCAUAAGAACAACCCCACUAAGCCAUACACACACAAGAAGUUCAGGGAAAAGCUACUCACAGAAAUGGUGAGCUUUGCUAAACAGUCUGAACCACAAACUCCACCACGACCAACAUCCUGCAUGCCAGAAUACUAUGGUGAUUAUGCCAGCAAAGAGGAAGAACUGUAGGAGAUGUCUGGAUGUUGGCAUCCCCAAAGUGAAAACACCUGUGUACUGCAGGAAGUGCCAAGUCCCUUUGUGCCUUACAUCAAAGCGUAACUGUUUCAAGGAUUGGCACAACAGCAAGUUUUAG